ACAAUAGAACAUACUGGAUCGCUAUACGUGCUCCCAAUGCAUCAGAGGGAAUGAAGACUCUGAUCCCGUGCAACACCAACCAGACCCACAUGGCUGCCACUUGAUCGCGUUGGACCUAGAUGAACUGUCUAAUACGGCACGCCUUCCGAAGCUCCAGCAGGACUCAAAGGCGAGGCUCUUGAGAGGCUCUGUAAUCCCCCUUCCUACCCAGUACUGUUGAUGAUCCUGGUAUUGACUUCGCAUUCUCAAUGUUCCUCGCACUCGAACACUCUUCAGAAGCAGCCUAUGAAGACAUACGCACUGCUGGCAGCUCAUCGAUGCUUUCCGUUGUUGUUGACCAUAUGUGCAUUAACACAUGCGUUGCGUUCGUUGGACCAUACGCAGAUCGCGAGACUUGUCCGGAGCGCAGAACACUCCGAUAUGAUCAGGUCAAACUCCAGAGUAGUCGAGGCAAAGUGAAAGUUCUACAGGCUGUGUUCCACACGAUCCCAAUUGGACCACACAUGCAGGCCCUUUGGCGUAAUCUUGACAGUGCUCGCCAGAUGCAGUACCGCAGACAGCGUACCCAACAAAUUGCCGUAGAACUUAUAUGAAAUGAUGCCAA